UUAAUAGUACAAACUUAUAUAAAGUUUACCUAUGAUGUGAAGCAACAUCAGCAUCUUGCAGUUUUGCAUUCUCUCUUCCAAAAAUCCAAUGGCUGAUCACAUAGCGACGGGACAACUACUCGCUAACAAAGCGGAGAAAAAGCUCUUUUGUUGUUGCGCCUUGUUUGGUUCCAAUUAUCAAGAUGCUGCUGAACUCUUCCUCAAAUCUGCUAAAUCAUUCAAACUCGCCAAAUCAUGGGAGAAAGCAGGUUCAAUCUUCAUCAAAUCAGCUAAAUGUCAUAUCAAGUUAGAUAACAAGUUUGAUGCUGCUAAGGCUUAUGUAGAUGCUUCUCAUUGUUUCAACAAAACAUCUAGAAAAGGAGCUAUUACAUGUUUGAAUCAAGCAGUAACUAUCUUCACCGAAAUCGGUCAACACAUCAUGGCUGCAAGGUAUUGCAAGGAAAUCGGCGAGUUAUAUGAGCUCGAUCAAGACAUAGAGAAUGCUAGAUCAUAUUUCGAGAGGGCUGCUGAACUUUUUGAUUUUCGCGGGGAUUCAACGACCUCUGUGAUCCAGUGCAAACAGAAAGUUGCACAAUUUUCUGCUCAACUUCAACAAUAUCAGAAGGCGAUUAAAAUUUAUGAAGAUAUUGCGCAACAAUCUUUGAACAACAAUUUAUUGAAAUACGGAGUCAGAGGGUAUCUUCUUAAUUCUGGCCUUUGCGAGCUUUGUCGAGGGGAUAUUGUCGCAAUUACCAACGCCUUGGAGCGUUAUCAGGACUUGGAUCUAACAUUCUCUAAAACUCGCGAAUACAAAUUUUUGGCUGAUUUGGCUGCAUCAAUUGACAAUGAAGAUGUUGCAAAUUUUACUCGAGUAGUCAAGGAGUUUGAAAGCAUAACCCGCUUGGAAUCUUGGAAGUCAACCCUUUUAACCAGAGUUAAGGAUGCUUUGGAAGCAAAAGUGAUGGAAGAGGAUGAUUUGACAUGAAGAAAUCGCAAUUUAAUCUUGGGCAAAUGAAGUUAUUCCACUUUGUAAAUAUCAGUGGUAUACAAAAGAUAUUCUGUUGUAUUGUAUUAUAUAGUUUUAGAAUAACAAUCCUUGUUUAUAGUGAAAAGAUACGAAAAAUACAAUUAAGAAAUACACAAUAUUUGAUCAGAAA